UUUUUCUUUUCUUUUUAGUCUCGCUAAAUUUCCAGGAGAGGAAUUUGAGUUUCAAAAUGCCUAUGAACAUGAGCAACCUGAUUUUACUACUAGGAAUGAUCUGUUUGGAACAAGGCAAAUCUGCAACUCUUUUUCUUCCCAAAGCUCCAAACUGUGGGCAGAAUGUGGUUAAAGCACAGCCUAUAAAUUACUUAAACAUUUUCAGUCGCAUUGUUGGGGGAGACCAAGCAGAAAAGGGUUCUUAUCCUUGGCAGGUGUCUCUGAAAAAAAGGAAGAAGCACAUCUGUGGAGGAACCAUCAUCUCUCCACAGUGGGUGAUCACGGCUGCUCACUGCGUCGCAAAGCGAAGCAUAACUUCAAUUUUGAAUGUCACUGCUGGAGAACAUGACUUGAGCCAGACAGAGCCAGGAGAGCAAAUCCUCAACAUCAAAACCAUCAUCAUACACCCACAAUUCUCCAUCAAAAAACCGAUGGAGUAUGAUAUCGCCCUUUUGAAGAUGGCUGGAACCUUCCAAUUUGGCCAGUUUGUGGGGCCCAUCUGUCUUCCAGAGCCUAGGGAACGAUUUGAGGCUGGAUUUAUUUGUACUACCACAGGCUGGGGCCGCUUGGCUGAAGGUGGCAUCUUUCCAAAAGUCUUGCAGGAGGUGAACUUGCCCAUUUUGACCCAGAAGGAGUGUGCGGCUGCUCUAUUAACCCUAAAGAAGCCUUUCAAGGGGAAGACCUUUCUCUGCACAGGCUCCCCUGAGGGAGGCAGAGAUGCAUGUCAGGGAGACUCAGGAGGUUCACUCAUGUGCCGAAAUAAAAAAGGAGGCUGGACUCUAGCUGGUGUGACUUCUUGGGGUUUGGGCUGUGGUCGAGGCUGGAGAAAUAAUGGGCAGGAACAAGAGCAAGGAUCUCCUGGGAUCUUCACAGAUAUUAGUAAAGUGCUUCCUUGGAUCCAUGGACACAUCCAAACUGGACAUCAGAGAAAAAGCUUCAGAGCCUCAUGUGCUGAGCAAGAUGCCAUAGUCAGCCAAUCUGAGGGGGAGUUGCACUUCCCGGAAAGCAUCCACCUGUAUCGUGACAGCGAGCAAGUGUGUGUCUGGACCCUGUCGGUCCCAGAGGAAAUGCACAUGUUGCUCAAUUUUUCCCACUUGGAUGUGGAAGUUUGCCACCACAAUUAUCUGGCAAUGUAUUCUUCAGAAGACAGACUCCUUGGAAUAUUCUGCGGAGAAAGCCUUGCUUCAUCCAUUCUUGUGGGCUCCAACUCUAUAAGGCUUAAAUUCUUCUCUGAUGCCACAGACUAUGCCACUGGGUUUAAUCUCACCUACAAAGCUCUUAUACCAAAAUACCUUCCUGAUUCAGGUUGUACUUCCUUAACCAUCCUUUUUGAAGAAGCAGUCAUCCAAAGUCUUCAUUACCCUGAACACUACACUGACAUGAUUAACUGUAACUGGAUUUUUCAAGCCCCAGCAUAUCACAUAAUAAAGCUGUCAUUUCAGAGUCUGGAAAUAGAAGAAAAUGGAGGCUGCACUUUGGACUAUGUGACUGUGCAUGGCGAUGUAGAAAGAAAAGAGGAAAUAGCUCGUUUGUGUGGCUUCGCAGUGCCCACACCUGUGAUGAGCUCCUCUGGUGUCAUGUUCAUCAACUUCCAGUCGAAUGAAGAUAGCACCUUUGGAGGCUUCCAGGCUACAGUUUCCUUUAUUCCUGCAACAGAUUUAAAUAUUUCCAUGCCAGAGGAUGAAUCCACUUUGUAG